UAAUGGUGCACCGCUCUGUGUAUAUCAUCGUCAACUAACCCUACACGGGAUUUCUCAUCCAAGCUUCUCUUCUUCUUCUGGGUUUCGUCUUCCGACUUGGGUUUUCGUCUGCUGGAAUGGCAAAGAGUUACUUCAAGCAAGAACAUGAUCUUGAGAAGAGGAGGGCUGAGGCUGCUAGGAUUAGGGAGAAAUACCCCGAUAGGAUUCCGGUGAUUGUGGAGAAGGCUGAAAGAAGUGAUAUCCCAAACAUCGAUAAGAAAAAGUACCUUGUUCCGGCUGAUCUAACUGUAGGACAAUUUGUGUAUGUCAUCCGAAAAAGGAUUAAAUUAAGUGCAGAGAAGGCAAUCUUUAUAUUUGUGGACAAUGUUCUUCCACCAUCGGGUGCAAUUAUGUCUGCCAUAUAUGAAGAGAAGAAGGAUGAAGAUGGGUUUCUCUACGUCACUUACAGCGGUGAGAACACAUUCGGUUCCCAGAUCCCAAGUUAGCUUGUUUACAUGGAUACGAACCCCAUCUUUCUUCCAGUUCUGUCUCCGUUGCUGGUUCUGAUGCUUCAGUUAUUAACUUUUUAUGCCUGCUUCAUAAACACCGGUUUAUUAAAUGGUGAAAAUUUGUAUAGUUGCGUAUUGUAAAUAAUUUCAAAGUUCUCGGAGUAACUCUUGCCUGUUGCUAUUCAUAAUUAUUCAAUGAAGAUCUAUCUGUUUCAGCUGCAGACUUGCAGUUUUAGC